CCCUCCUGGUCUGAGGAGGCAGGACGGAAGGGAGCGCAACUAAGUGCUCCUCUUUAACCGUCCUCUGCACUAGAGCUGCGUCCUCUGUCGCAGAGGGAGACAGAUGCCGGGCGAGAAAGACCACCACCCGCCUCGGUAACGAUGCCGUGCCCACCUGGCCACGUGACCGAUUCCCGAAGGCCUCUGCGGCGCGCAGCGGCGAGCGCGCGCUGCCCUUGGAGGAGUGAUGGCCGCCAGGCUGCUUCCCAUCGUCAAGUUUGUCAUCAAAGGAAGCCUGGCUGGAGCUGCUGUAUACAUGGCAUAUGAUCAGGGGCUGCUGGGCAAUGGCACACAGGGUGCUGAAGCCCUCAAAAAAGCUCAGGAAUCACUUCCUCCAGCUAUUCAAGAAUGGACAAAUUACAUAGGCUGGGAGCUUCCACCCACUCCAAAAUUUGACUUUUCUCCCUCUGACUCCUGGAAUAAAGGAGUGCAGACAAUCAUGUCUGCCUUAUCCAUGGCUCCCACCAGGGCCUGUGAAUACACUGUGGAAGGCUGGAAGUACGUGAAGGAACUUGUCAAAUGAACACAUUCUCCAGGGUUCACGGUUGUCUCCAUGUUAUCUUGUCUUUGGGAUGCUGCAUAGUCCAUCCCUCUAAAGGGCAGCUCAGCCAUGCAAGGGCUAUAAUAAAAGAUGUUGGAACUUC